CCCCAAACCAAAACAACUUCACACUGGGAUCGCGGGGGAAAAGUGAGCUCCAAGUGGUUGACAAGUUACGGGGAUGGAGCUGCAGAGCUUGCAGGAGGCGGCGAUCAAAGUGGAGAUCCAGUGCCACCAGAAACUAGUUGCACAGAUGAAGCCAAAUCCACAGAACGGCGAGCUUAAGAAACAAAUCCGCGAAAAGCAAUUAAGGAUAGCAGCUCUAAAUGAAAACCAAGCAGUGGGCCCCUUCGUCACCAAAGCGCCCCUCAAAGUUCCUCAGGUCAGCUCCUUGCAGAGGUUGGCGGGACAAGGACCAGCAGUGCUACCUCAGGUUAGGCCAAAGACCGUGAUUCCUGACAGCCUGCCAGCAUCCCCGUGCCGGGACCGUCCUUCCAAGCAGUCUCCGGUCUUCCAGAAGGCCGCCGUCGUGAGCACCAAGAACCCCAGCCCAGCCCUCCCCACCGCCAACAACACGGUGGGCCAUGGCCAGCCCCCGGGCAGCCAAUCACCGCCCGGCACGGCCCCACUGACCAGCCCCGGCGUGGCCUUGGCCAUCAUCUCUGCCGCCCCCAGCCGGACCGUCUCAGGGGCCCCCGGAGCCUCCACUGGUCACGACGAUGACCAUGCCUCGGGGCCGCCACCCCUCCUCCUCAGCGCCGACAGCAAGGUCCUCCUCAUCCAGCCGCAAGUGCAGACCCAGCCCGACGGCGGCAAGGUGGAGCCGAAGAAACCCUCGGAAGAGGCAGCUCAGGGAGUCCCGGCCACCAAGAGGAGGAAGGAGGAAAACCCAGAGAAAAUCGCCUUUAUGGUGGCACUGGGCUUGGUCACCACCGAACACCUGGAAGAGAUCCAGAGUAAGCGCCAUGAGCGGAAGCGAAGGAGCACGGCAAACCCAGCCUACAGUGGGCUGCUGGACUCUGAGAGGAAGCGUCUGGCCCCCAGCUACCUGAACAGCCCCUUGUUCCUGCCUGCCAGAGCUAAUGAGGAUCCCUGCUGGAAGAGCCAAGUCCCGCGUGAUGAGCACUGUGCUGCCUGCAGGCGAGGAGCCAAUCUGCAGCCCUGUGGCACCUGCCCCCGGGCCUUCCACCUGCAGUGCCUGGACCCCCCCCUGAGAACGGCGCCCAGGGGCCUGUGGGGCUGCCCCACCUGUCAGCAACAGGCAUUAAAGAAGGAAGAUGAGACAGAGCCCUGGACUGGAACUCUGGCCAUCGUUCACUCGUACGUCUCCCACAAAUCAGCCAAAGAGGAGGAGAAGGAGCGCCUGGUGGGCAGGGGCGGCGAGCUGCAGAGCCAGCAGCGGCAGCUGGAGGAGCGGGCACGGCUGCUCGGCGGAGCCGUCCAGGCUGAUCCACAGCGACCACAUGAUCCAGCUCACGAUGACGACCACCACCGCCGCCGCCUCCUCGUCCUCUUCCUCCUCCUCCUCUGCCGCCACCUCCUCCUCCUCCUCACUGCUCCCCGGACCCUGGAUCAAGCCCCCACCCGCCCCCAUGGCCCUGCACAAAGCCUUGCAGCCACCGCAGGCCAGCAACUGACCCGGCCUCCUGCCCACGGGGGGCGGAGCGCGGGGCCGGGUGACCGGCGGGAACUUCGGGUGGCCCCCAUCCCCGGCCUGGGCCUCGCAGCUGCUGCGGCGGUGGUGGUGCUGGUGCCGGUGCUGGUGGGGGCGGCGAGGGUGCCCUGCCCAGUUCAGCUGCAGCGCAACACCAUCCCCUGCCCAGGAAGAGCAUGCUGGCCUGCCCCAGCCUGAGCGUAGGGACGACCCGGAUGGAGGAGGGAUUGUGGCGGGAGCCCACCGCUCACGGGCAGGUGCCGGAUCCCGAGACGGUGGAGCUCAUUGACUGACGCAGGUGGGCACGGGCCUGAGGGCAGAGUGGAGGGUGGAAGGGGUCGGGCUGGGAACAGCUGCCCCGAGUCCCCUUAGCCCCCUGCCAGUCCAGUGGCCAUCAGCUGGUCUGCCCCGGCUUUUUGCCCAGCCAGCAGGCUCUCAUCCCAGGCACUCAAGGAGAAGCCCCGCAGGAGUGUGAGGCUGCAGGGUGCCCCGAGGCCGGCACUGCUGUCAGCGGGCACGGGGCAGAGCAGGAUCAACAGGGCUUGGGGAUCGGAGGGAUUUUCCUGCUGGUGCUGUCGUCUGUCCGUCCAUCCAUCCAUCCGUACAUCCUGGAGUAUUUGAACAAGGCUGACUCUGCCAGUGCCCCCCUCUCCGGCUGCACAAUUGGGCUCUGCCCCCCUGGAAGUUUGUGUGGGGGGAAGUGGGUUUGGUGGGGAAGGAGCCAGUGGGUGGCGACUGUGGGCAGGGGAUUUUUACCAUUUGAUUUUGGGGUUGAGAACCCCUCUUUCUUAAAGAACAGCCAAUAGAUCUAGUCUGUUUGCUUUCCUUUUCUCGCCUCGCCAGUACAGACACUAUGCCAAAAAAGAACUUUACAUUUUUGUACUGCGUUUUUAUUGUGACGGGUGGAAUGUAGAGGGAGAGAGAGAGAGAGAGAGUGAAAGAGAGUGAGAGAGCGAGAGAGCGCGGGUGGCCUCAGGCAGCGCAGACAGACCCUUGGGUGGCAUGGACAGACCUUGGGCGGCUGCUAGUGGAUCAGGCCCCAUUCAGGGGAGGGAGAAAAUCCCAGAGUUCGGUGGUUGGAGAAGCGGGGCCACCCAGUCCACGCGCUCCGGCAUCAGCAGGUUGGCCUGGCCCAGAGAGGGCUCUCAGCCUCUCUUUCACAUCAGCAUCUCACUCAGUACCAGCACUGCCGCCCACCACACCCCCAGCCAGGCCCCCGGGCUGUCCCCCUCCCCCGGCCGGCCCCGGGCUCCAACUCGCUCGGUGUCGGGGGACCCCUCCACCCAUUCUCACAACUCCGGGAGAAACUGUGCAGAACUAGACAAAUCUAUUUUAAUACCCAAACGCUGGGUCGAACCAGAUUUUUAUAUUCUUUUACGGACGAACAAAGAAUGGAGAAACACGAGGGAGCAGCUGGACCCCGGGCACUGGGCAGGCGUCCGAACGGGGCCAGGGCCGUGGCUCCCCGGGCACCGGUCAGUCCCCGGGCACUGGCCAGGCGUCCGGAUAGGGCCGGGGCAGCCGGUCAGAGGGCAGUGGGGAGCCGUGGCUGAGGCCGAGGGAAGUUCUUGAACUGUUGGAGGUGAUGGAGCAGGGGCCUGUCCAGAGGAUAGUGUGUUGCAUAGGAACAAAAAGCAGUGUUUGUCUUAAAUAUGCCAAUGUAGUGUUCUUCUCGAUGAUGCAUUAAACUCGAUUGACAGUUCCAUA